UCACAGAUUAACUUUUUGUGCAUCUUUGGACUGAUUUCAUCGUUUUACUGACGUCCACAGAAUGGAUACCGUCUCUCAGAACCUGCAAGAUCAGAUCUCAGAGCUGCUGAAGCCUCACAGAGUCUGUCUGGUGACACCUGUUACUUUGAGCAACUGCAGUCAGCCAAGUGGGAGGUCACCCAACAGGUUUGUGGUGCUGAGUCUAUGGAGGGGUUACCUGGUUAUAAACAAGCAGCCUGUCAGGGUGGAAAGCACAUUUAGCUACCUGGAGAUUUGUGCCAUUAAUAUUCAUAGUCACAUGAAGAUUGUGUUGGAGACAGACAGGCAGACCCUGUGUUUCAGUGUCUUACACAUUGAAGAUCUUGAGGCCAUGAUCAGCCACAUGACCGCCUCACUGAAGAGGAUCUUCCCUGAUUCUUCUCCAGGAAAACUGCUGAAGAUAGUUCCUCCAGAUCUCAAGGAGAGACUCCUCACUCUGAUUAGUGUGAUAGAGGAGCAGAUGGACAGUCAGCCGGGCUACUGUGGAGGAUUUUCUGAUACCUAUGCUGCUUUGUGUGAUUUCAAUGAGAUGCCAUUCAGAGAAGAGAUUCAGUGGGAUGUUGAUAACAUCUACUACAUCCACAACUGGAGACAGUUCAACCUGCAGGACUUCAGCCACUUAGACAGCAGGGACCUGGCAUUGGCAGUAGCAGCUUUGUCCUUUAACCAGUGGUUUACAAAGAUCUACUGCAAGGAUCUCAAACUGUCAGUGGACAUCCAGCAGCAGCUGACCUUCCUGCUGUCCAGAUCUCCCAGCCUGCAGGAGCUCUCGCUGGAGGCCAGCGGACUGAAGCUGGACUUUGCAGUCAAAAUGGCAGCUGCCCUCAGAGAGCAUACCUCCUCUAGCCUGCAAUCCAUCAACCUCUCAGGCAAUCCAAUCGAAGACAAAGGUGUAACAGCUCUCAGUCAGAAGUUGGAGGACCUGGAAAAAGGACUCAAGCACCUCUCUCUGUCCAGGGUAUCAAUGACUGCUAGAGGUCUGGGUUAUCUAAGUCAGACGUUGUCCUCCAGUCAGAAGUUCUCAGCAUCUUUGACCCACCUUGAUCUGUCUGGUAACCCCAGUAGCCUGGUUACUGAAGAAGCCACGUUUCUCUUCAAGUUCUUGUCCAGUACAAACUCUCUGUCUUAUCUGGACCUCAGUGACACCAGCUGCCCUCUGGACACGUUAUUUGUGUCGCUGUCUGCUGGAUGUUGUUACAAACUGGUGCACCUUAAUCUGGCCAGGAAUCCUUUCAGCCACAGAAAGGUGCAGGAGGUUACGAGGAGCAUUCAGGAGUUCUUCAGUCAGAGCUGUGAGCUGAAAUAUGUGGGCCUGUCUGCAACCAAACUACCUCCACAAGCUCUCAGGUUAUUACUGCAGGGUCUGGCAACCAACACCCGACUGUUUGGGCUGCAGUUAGACCUCAGUAGCUGUGAGCUACGUUCAGCAGGAGCCCAGGUGAUACAGGAACACAUCUCUGAAGCUACAGCCAUCAGAAGUCUGGAUAUCUCUGACAACAGUUUUGAGAAUGACAUGGUGACACUGGUUCUGUCUGUUGGUCGAUGUCAGUCUCUUCGACAUCUCGCACUGGGGAGAAACUUUGCCAUGAAGUCCAGGGCACUCACUGAUGUUCUUCAACGUAUAGCUCAGAUAAUCCAGGAUGAAGAGUGUCCCUUGCAGUCUUUAUCAGUGUGCGACUCCAAGCUGAAGACUGGGAUGCACAUCCUGCUGAGUGCUUUGGGUGGCCACGCUGCUCUGGUUGAUCUUGACAUUAGUGGAAACUCUAUUGGAGACACUGGAGCCAAAAUGUUGUCCAAAGCCCUGAUGAGUAAUACCAGCCUGAGGACUUUAACGUGGGACAGAAACAAUGUGACUGCCAGAGGUUUCCAGGAUGUGGCAGAUGCCUUGGAGAGGAACUUCACUCUGCAGCACGUGUCUCUUCCCCUGGCUGAUAUCACACAGAGUUACCGCAGCAACCCUGACAGAACAAAAAGAGCCCUGAACAAGAUUCAGCAGUAUUUAGACAGAAACAACCAGAGACAGUCUGACAGUGCAGAACUUCAGCAAGUCUUUAGAACUCAACAAUCUGAAAAGCUUGUUCAAGGCAUGUGUCGCCAGUUAGAGGGCAGUCUUCAGCGUUUAAGCCACUGUAACAUUCAGGAGGGCCAGGUCGAUGUCCUCACAGCACAUGAGGUGCUGCAACAUGCCAGGGAGUCUUUAAAGCUGCUGCCCUCGCUGUAUGAAGUAGGCAGGAAGUGUGCCUCCAGUGGAGACUUUGUGAACAGCAUCCUCUCUGACACUGUUACUGCAUUAACUAAUGAGUUCACUAGAAGCAUACAGGAGUUGUCUCAAGGCCUGAGGAGACAUGCUGAGGCAGUGUGCCCACGGGUGGUCCAGCGGUCUAGUGUGUGCAAGUGUCUGUCAGAGUGUGUGUCUAAAAGAAGCACACAGACACAAUUCCUAAGAAGCACUCUGGUGGAGAGCACAGGGCACAUCAUCAACAACAGACUGCAUGAACUAAGAAAAACAUUGACUGUCACUCUGGCUGAAAGCAUUGUACAGCAGGUGCUACAGGAUCUAAAAGGGGCACAGGACAAAAUGGAUUGCCUUAUAAAAGAAAAUUCAUGCAACACUCAGAGACUCAACAUCCCAGAGCUCAAAGUGGUUGAGAGUGACUUCCCAACUGAUGACUACAGUCCAGCAAUAUGGAGAAACAGUUUGCACUCCAAGAGCCUGAGACCUGCCUCUUCAAUUAAGAGCCUUCUGGAUGGAGACUGGGAGCAGCAGAUCAGGGACAGAGGAGCAGAGAGAGAUUGGGGAGGAGGGUGUGGGGAGAAGAAAGAUGGAGGAGGAAGGUGUGGCUUGCCUUGGUUACCAACAGCAACACCACUGUCACUCACAACCUCAAGCCCCUCCCCUUCCCCUUCUUCUUCCCCGUCCCCCUCCCCCCCAGGACAGAGGGGGAGUAGGCGGAGGGAGGGGAGGUGGUUGGCAGCGGAUGCUGCAGAAGCAGUAUCAGAACGAGAGGGCAUCGUCAUUCCUCCUCCCAUCCCUCUCCUUUACUCCAUCUCCGCUCAAGCUCCAAAGGAGGAGGCAGCUGGCUGCGGAGGCUUACAGAGGCGAGAGGCUCCCUUCCCUGGCUGCUGCCCCAGCCCAGGCCCCCUCCCCGGAUCUGGAUACUCUGUUUCUCCCAUGGAGCCUCUACCCACCCAGGGACAGACUCUAAGGCACUACACUGCCUCCCGACCAAGGCCACGGCGCACACACACACAACCCCCUUCCUCCAGGCCUCAGGAGGCAGUGUCAAAGGUGGAGAAUGAAGCUAGUGAGGAGAUGGGCAGAGUGGAUGAAGGAGUAGAGGAGUUCUUCACCAAGAAAAUCAUCCCUGACUAUGCACUAAAAGGCCAGUGGGAGGAGUCAAACCCUGCCCAAGCCACUCCCCCAGAGUCAAGCUCCACCCCCUCAGUCUCAACCUCCUUGUCCUCUACAAUGUCCUCUGGCAUUGUCACCUCCUCUAUCACCACUCUCACUUCACUCUAUGCAUUUACUGACACAUCCUUCACAUCCAGUGAUGUUUCACCCCUCUCUACAUCAUCCAUUCCCCCCACCUUUUCUUCCGUCACCACCACCACCACCACCUCCACCACCCUUCCCACCAAAAAUAUCAAGAAAAAGUUUGGUGACUUCUUCGCCUUCAAGAGGGCUCGAGUUGGCCGAGCCACCAAGGCAGGCGGGGGAGAGGGAGGAGGAGGAGGAGAAGGGGUGAAGGUCAAAAGGACCUCCAUUGCAGACCUCAUUCGUCCCCUCCGUGAGGCCAAAGAAAGGGAGAGAGAGAGGGAGAGGGACAAGGACAGAGAGAAAGAGAGAGGGGCAAGGUCAGUGGAGGAUGCUAACAUUUCUACUGAUGCCACCACCACAGAAGGACUCGUCGCCACCAGCCAUCUUGCAAGCGAUGUGCAGGAAAAGAUGUCACCCGCCCAGACCUUAACCAUGACGAGGCCAACCAGUGAGACCACUCCCUUGUAUCCCACCAUCACAACAAGCCCUGAUCUUGUGACUGCUGCACUUUCUAACCUGGAGGAAGAGACCGUUCCUGUCUUGCCAGGUCGCAUACCCAGUCCUGUGGUCACUCCCACUCCAACCGAGCAGGACAAGCAGUUGAGAGGGACUCCAUAUGGAGAGAGGAGACUAAAAGUGACCAAGAGGGCACUGAGAGAGGGAAAGAGCCAAAGUCUUAUACUGCUGACGGGAUUAGACACUGACGACAAGGAUAACACACCCACUAAGAAACAUGCAUCUGAGAACACAUCUAGUUUUGAACAGAAGCUUCAGGUGAUGUUGCACAGAAUGGGUGUGGCCAAAACUCCACCUGCUGAAACCAAAAUGAGCCAGAAUAAAGAUGAGGAGCUGAGAAAGGCCAACUCUGAUGGUGCUAUCCUCGACAAACCUGAACCACCUCGAACAUACAUGAAGCCCAGAACCAUGUCUACGUCAUCAGCUGAUCCCAGGCGCCCUGUUCGACCAGACCCUCUCCUCCACCCAAAGCCCACCCUCCCGGAGCGUCCCGUUGGACCCCUGCCACCCAAACCUGCUGUUUCAGUCAAACCUCCUCUCCCCACCCUGGCUGCUGCAGGGGGAGUCCCUCCAUGUCUCUCCUCUGCUCCUCCUUCAAGCAGCUCCGAGGAGCUGCUUGAAGGAGGAGCAGCACAUCCUGGCAAGUCAGAGAAGACUACAAGAGAGGAUGGAAGCGAGGAGGGUCCCCAGGGUGCAGCAUCCACUGUGUCCUCUAGGAAAGCGCUGCUUUCUUCAGUCCCUCCCUGGAGGGGUCCCAGCACACAGGAUCGUGCUGAGAAAGCACAAUCGGUGACGGAGGAGAGUCUUCCUAAGCCACGCCAACACAUGAGGCCCCCUCCACAGCGCAGAGCUGUGUCUGUUCAUGAGGAUGCUUUUGCCAUGACACAAGAGCUGAAGGCGGUGUUACAGAGGUCACCCAUCCGAUUCCGAGGGAACAGAAGUGAUCUGCCAUCCUGCACUGAAGAUCCAUCCAGUGGAGAGGAAGGACAGAGAGCAAGUGACAUGGGCAAGCAGACAGACGAAGAGAAGGGCAUUCGUCAGAAGGAGGAGCUGCAGGAAAAGAGAGGAAGAAUUGGAUGUGGAAGCACAGCAGCUGAAACCAAGCACCCCCAUCCAGGAAAGGGCGAAAGCUCAGGCUCAGGGUGUCCCUUCUCUACAGGUGAAGCUCAACAUGAAGCAGAUGCACCCCAGUUCUCCAGCGACAAAGCUUUACCCACCCAAGGGAGACCUGCACCACAGACCCAAACACUGGAAAAGUCUCUAGUGAUUUCCCCAUCCCAGAAAAAGAGCACCUGCACAGCCCCAGCAUCACCCCAAACUCUAGAAAAAUUACUAGUCUCCCCAGCACCCCAAGAAAAGACCCUCAGCACAAUCCCAGUCACAUCAGGAUAUUCAGACAUCCCCCAAGGAAGUCCUGCACCUCACAAGAAGAAGAGCCCCAGCACAGUGCCAGCCACAGCGGAUCUGAGAAACAGCAUACCAGAGCGAGAGGCCAUCUCUAAACAUCCCACAGUGAAGGCAGAGCCAGCAGACCAAAGAACUGAGCCCCCUCUGUCUGAAUAGCAUACACAGAUUGACUUACCUGAGGAGAAACACAUACACCUGGAAGAGUUAGGAAGGAGAGCUCUGUGACAUCACUGAGAUCUGGAACUGGGAGGGAAUAUGAGAUCUGAGAGUAACGUGAGUGUCGUAGUGCAGCAAAAAAACUAGAAAAUCUUUCAAAACUGGACACAAGCACCAAAAUCUGUGUGCUUGUCCUUCUGGAGUUAUUAAUUUGAAAAAUCACAUAAAACAACUUGAAUUUUCAAAUUGGUCACAUUUUAAAAGAUGGCUGCCACUUCCAGCACAGGAACCAGCUCCUCUACUACACUUCAGCCACUGGAGUUUUUAGUCUUGAUUUGUGUUUUUCAACUAUGGGGAAGUUAAAUUGACAACUUAAAAACUUCUCCAGUACUUUAUUUGAUUUUUCAGAAAAAUCUGAGACAAAUCUGGUACUUAAUGUUGAUUAAUUUUGCUACAUACAUAAACAGAAUACUUUCAAUUGAUCAAAUUUCUAAUUCCAAAGGACCAUUGGAGCAACAUUGAAUGGUGUGAUACUAAGCUCAUUCAAAAGGUCAAGACUUGACUUUGUCUCAAAGGGUGACAUUUUCUUACCAGAGUGAACGGCCAUCUUGAAAAUGGCUCCCAUUUUGAAAUUUCAAAUGGCUAAUGGGAUUUCUCAAAAGAGUAAUCACAAAUGAGUAUAUGUGCCAAUUCUGGUACUUGUAUCCAGUUGUGAACAAUUUUACUUGUUAAACUAUCUGCUGCACUGUUGUACUCACUUGUAGAAUCACUCUCAUUUCAGGGUGUUCUCUUUGGCAGUGUGAGAACCACAGAUAUAUUGCACCCAGAUGUUAUGGACUUUUCCUGCAUGCUAGCUUCUGUACAGUUGGUACAUUUAUUCUGUGGGGUGAUUUUUUUUAAUGUGUUAUAUAUACAGUGGAAGCCUGGGUUAUUCAUAUGAAUUUGAGUGCUGGUUUGUUAUUGCAGUCUAUGCUAAUUCACCCCAAAGAGUUACUGUACUGACUGUUAGCUGUAGCUAGCUGGACACAUAUGCACCAACCAUGUAUCUGCUGAGUGUGUCAGCGUGUGCUCAUCCUCUUAUCUGAUGUCAAAAAUGUUCAUCCUGUUAUUUUUGCUGCAGACUCAGUAUUUUUUAAUCACUUCUAUCCUUGCAUUGAAUAAUAUGCAACCUAUAGAAUUCAUUUUUCAGUCAGCCUGCACACAUCUUUCAGGCUCAGCGUCAGUCUGAGUCUGAAAUCACAUACAUCACCUUGGCGACUGUGAAAUCUUUCCCUUACACUUUCUACAAAAUGAAAUUUUUGAAAUUAGUAAACAAUACAUUUCUGAGUUUACUGCAACGUCACAUUUGGUUUGAAUAUAUCAUGUCAAAGACAUAUUUUUAGCACAAACUUAAAAUUGUUAUAAAGUGUAGUACAAACCCCAUGAUGUAGUUUGUGGCUAGAAGAUGCUGGUAGUAGGUGUUUUUUCACUUUGCCUAUUUGAUUUUGUCCCCAUCGAGAAGCUGACUAGAUUUCCAGAAACUACAUUUGUACUUUAUGUCUCAUUGUGACUGACGUUAUUUAGACACAUUCAUUAUUUCAUUGAGGAUGUUUGGUUUUACUUGUUAUUUACUCAAAAUGCAUUGGGCUUUGGUAGCUGUUUGAUGGAUGAGAUUUUUUUUUUUUGCAUUUAUUUAUUUAUCCCCAAAACUAACAAAGAAACAAAACCAAACAAAAUAAAAAACUCACAACAUUGUGAAUUGAGAGUCCAGGGAAAGGCUGGUGAGGUUACCUUAUGUCAAAGUAACCUCUGUUGGAUUAUAAAAAGUAACUGUUCACUAAUACUACUGAAAUCCUGCAGAUUAAUAGAUCAAACUGUAUUUUCAGACACAUUAUUUAUUAUCCUUCUCUCUCUUUCUUUGAGUAAACAUCAAUUAGACUGCUCAUUACAAUUGCAUAAGGUUAUUAUAUUAGAAGGAUGCAUUAAUAUGAAACUGAUAUGUAGAUAAUAUUUAUUUAGUUUUUUUCUUUAGCAGUAAAGGGGCAGUUCCUCAUAAGAGGCCUCCAGCAUGAAGCAGGUGGCACAUCAGCAUGUUAACUUCUGCUGCAAACCUCACAUGCGCUGGGCUGGUUUUAUGAUCAAGAUAAGAGAUCAAGACUAUAAAACAUUUUUUAAACAUUUGUUCUUUGCUUGCUCUCAGAUCUCCUAACACCACCACCGCUGCAGCUCAAAGAAUACGGUUACAGCUGUCGUAGACAGUAUAAAUAAAUUCAAGCAAAAUGUUUACACAAUAAGCAAUUGUGUAGUAAAAUCUACAUGUGCCUUAAUGAUGAGGCAGUGAUACUGAUAAUUAUACUGGCAUAUUAGGUCAGAGUUUGCCUUCAGAAGCAGUUUUUUUCAUCUGGAUUAUUUUUCAAAACCCUCACAUUACAGUUUUCUUGAGAUAGGUAUUUACCUCUAGACCUGUUGCUGUUUGGUCAUUGGUGCAAACACCCCUUUCAUUAUGAACAAACUCGUGGAUAGAGAUGAAAAACUGGGGUUCACUUGCUGCAUUGAUUACUUCCUUUGUGACAAUAUUGUGACUGUGUGCAAACAAUUUGUGAUUUAGCCUUUUCAGAUGGGGACCAGGUCUCACUCGCAUUGUGUUACAUCUUCAAAGUGAUGUUGGUGCGUCAAGGUGGCGAUAAAACGGCAAUAAGAUGGAGUUAGACUUCAAUCGGUUUGGGUCAAGUUGGCAGUUAUAUGCAGACUGUCAUAAGCGGGCAAUUAACAGAUAAAUUGGCAAAAAAAUUGCAACUCUGUUGCUCUCUGCUGCAAAUUUAUUGCCGUUUACAUCAGAGGUGUGGUACGAUGACAAAGCCAGGGUGUUUUGGCCUGGCUUGAAUAGUCAACUUGAUAAGCAAACAGUUUAUGGACUAUGCAGAAUCCACACACCAAGUGUGACUCUUAGCCACAGACUGGGCCACAGUUAGUGAAUGGGCAAAUUUACAAUACAUAUACAUAUAUUUAUGAACAAAGAUGCAGCUAGUUCCUUUGGGUAAUGACCAGCAUUCUACCAAGAACAGCGCGAAAGGUUUUACGCUUGUGUUUUUCUCUGAAAACAGAGAAACAGGCAUUUUAGAGGCUAAAGAAGAAUCAGUGUGUUUCUAUUAUAAAGCUGAACUCUUCUGAUAGAAAUUGCUUGGGACUGUGUGGACCUGAGGACUGAGACUCAGGUGGAGCUGCUUUAUCACAAACUAUUCCUCCAUAUAAACCUGAAAUCUUUGACAUGUGCGAUGCAUAGAACACAAAACUUUAUUUACUGUCAGCUGCUGAGCCGUCUGUGUCCGUGAAGAUACCGUUACUGUGUCAUGUGGAAAGGCACGCAUCACUCUGGGUACUUAUUAAAAUCAAUAUUACUUAUUGUAGUAUUCAGACAUUAAUCUGUCACACUAACACAGUCCCAUUAAUAGCUGCAUUUUGACAAACAUAUGUCAUCAUAUAUCGAUAUGCAAUAGCACCUGUCAAGCAUGUUGCUCUGUGUGCGCGCUGCUGAGAAACCACAUGCAGGGAUGUUUUCAUUGUGUACUGAUCUUUGUGUAGAAAUGUGACUAAAACACUGGAAUGCAGGAUUAUGUGGGGCUUGGCUCUCAACACUCAGAAUGACAACUGAAUAAAAAGCUACAGGACAGAGCCCAAGUUUUGGCACUUUGCUUACAGCUUUGAGCCCUCCAGCUGUGCUGCUUAUGCAUUGGUUCUUAUACUAUCUCCCCAAAUAAAUAAAUAAACACUCAUAAUGGCAUCACAUACAUAUCAGGUGCAAACUAGGCAAUGUUUUUUGGCAUUAAAUUUACCACAAUUUUCAGUAAAUUGCCUGCCAUAAACCUGACCAACUCAGGUUAGUGUGAUUCAUUAUAUCCUCACUUGGAGACAAGUUGUGUUCACUAGUGCAGACUGAAUCUGACUGACUGCGUGCUGGCAGUCUGUCUGCACUUGUAAAUUAAAUCAGGAUUAUUUGUAAAUUUUUGGCAAUUUGUCUGAGAGACACUGCAGUCACUGCAAGUCAAACUCCAACUGUCUGGAGACAGGUUGCCUCCCAACAGGUGACCCGUGCAAUUGCCUUGUGACCAAAAUUAGAAAAAUUGAGAGGUUAAGGGUGCUGCACACCCAACCUCUGAGCACUCAGUUGGUCACCACAACUACUUGCAAACAAUUGCUGACAGAAAAAUAAAUAAAUCAUUGCAGUGUCUCAGCAACCAGUUUUUCCUGUUUGCCAUCCUGUUUUUACUCUAGUGCUAAGGCUUAACCCUGACAACAACGGUCAGGUAUUCUGGGUGUGUCUAAAUUGUUUCUUAUCUUUGUGUAUGUGGUUAUUUUUGGUUUUAUAAGUAACUGAGCACAAGCAGUGACUCCUUACAAUUAUAUGGCUCUUUAGAACUCAGCUGACACAGGUGGUCUGGAGCUAAAUAACAGCCAUCAGCCGUCAGCCUGUCUCUUGCUUUUCUCCUCCCCAUACAGCGCGCAACAUAGCCUGAAACAUUUCUGCAGGACCUCAGUAGUGCCCAGUGAAAAUUCCCUGGUAUUCUGCAAUGUUGCUGUGAAUUUCAAGCUUUAAUUCUUUGACUUCAUCCUCCAAAAAGAAAAAAAAUUCUUUGGAUUUCCUCAUGAAAUAAAGAAGUGUAUCAAAAUUCAGGGCCAUUAAAAAUCAAAAGGAAAAACAGCACAAAAACAUUUCUUUUGCACACAUACCCCCAAUGAAGCAUUCUCUUUAAAGGGCUGUAAGUUCACAUAAAACAGCCUCAAUAGCCAUGCCGUUUCUUUUUCAUUUGUCACCAUAUCAGUUUAGCUUUUCUUUGGUUUGGAUGGAUGAAGAUUCCAACUGAAAUUCUUCUUUAAGCUGCGACAUCCACUCAGGAGUACAGCACAAGGCCUUUCAAUCAAGUACAAGUAAAGCUUUGCCUCUUGAGAUCCACCAGGUUGCUGGUGCUACUACAUUUAGGGUUGGAGUAAAGGCAGGAUUAAGUUCACUAUCAUACCCAAAUGAAAACAGAAAAACAGUAAGUGCAUGUGCAUGCAAGAAACUUGAUUUGAAAUCUAAUAUCUUCUGGUUUCUGAAACCAUGCUUGUUUUGUUCUGACUAAAACGACACCUGAUCCGAACCCUAAGAGGUUCACCAGUGACCUGAUGAAUGUUCAGAGGUUCAGAGUUUGCCAUAAUAUUGAUGCUGUUAUGAGUUUAAUUGUAUUUUCAUUUUUUUCUUAGAAAUUCUACUCUUGUUAUACAGGACAAGUGUCUCCAAACAGCUUUUUUUUGGGGGGGGGUGUCACAUUUAUAUGGACUGAAAAUCAUUUCCUUUAUAGUAUCCAUAGCAUAUCCUCUCAUACCACUGAUGUGGGAAAGGUUUUCAAUUUUUGAGAUUUUUCUUUUUGCCUUGUUUUCACAUUAAGCCUUUUUAGACUCUUCAGCUGAAUCCAUGGAACACUAAAGCUCUGCUCACUGAUUUCUGUGGGAUCACAUGAGUAUGUUAUAUUCAUACAAUCAAACUCCUUUAGUCAGCUAUCUAUAUCAUUUUCCCCAGAAGGACCAGAUAAGAUCACAAUGAAAAACAAAACUAUAUAAUCAGAGAAAACAUUGUGUAUGAAACUCUCAGGGUGGUUAUGGUGAAUGGUGUGUGUUUUAUAAGAGCAGACCUCAGUUCAUCUCCCUGUGAUGUCUGACCUGAGCCUUCAUCUUAUCCCAGAGGAGAGUUUAUUUUCUACCUUCGUGUUCAUGUUUGCCUUGCACGCACAGAAUAUGUACAAAACUACAUAGAGCAAACAAAAACAAAGUUAUGAACAGAGUGUGAACCUAUACUUAAGAUUAUUAAAAAGUUGAUUGA